AUGGAGGAACCUGUUUCUAAUGAGGCUCAAAUGCAUGGGAAUGAUGAUUCUCUACCUUGUAGUGAUGCCGUUGUACCUCCUACAGCAGCAUCACAAAAUCCACCAUCUUCACCAUUAGAACCUAGUACCGGGAAAAGGAAACCUUGUAAGAAGGAGAGUGAUGUGUGGGAACAUUUUGAAAAGUAUGAUUUGGUAUUGGAUUUGAAAGGGGUAGAUGGGACUAAAAGAAAAGAAAUUGAAAAAAGAGCUAAGUGCAAGUAUUGUAGUGCUACUUAUGCUAGUGAUACCAAGAGAAAUGGGACUAGCAAUAUGUGGAAGCAUAUAAACAAACAAUGCUUGCAAUAUCCUUAUAGGCACAAGGAUAAGAGCACACGGACGCUUGCAUUUGAUGCAUCCAAGGGUAAUGCUCUUGUUUCUAGGAAGUUUAACAAAGAUGAUUGUUUGGAUGCUUGUAUUAGGAUGGUGGUUCGAGAUGAGCUACCUUUUAGCUUUGUGGAAGGUGAAGGGUUUAGGGAAUUUUGUAGUGUUGCAUGCCCACAAUUUAAUCCACCCUCUCGUAGAACUCUUGGAAGAAGAUUUCUAGAAAUGUACACAAAAAUGAAGGAGAAGUUGAAAGUUGACCUUCAUUCACAUAGAAUAUGCCUACAACCGAUACUUGGACAUCGUCAUAAGUGGGAGAGCAUUGGGAAAUUGCUUGAAAAUUGCUUGAUUGAUUGGGGACAUGAGAAGAUACUCACAAUUACUGCAGAUAAUGCAGCUGCCAAUACUAAGGCAAUUGAAUAUGUGAGGAAGAAAAUAAAUGGGUGGAAAGAUUCGAAUAGUGUGUUAGGAGGAGUUCACAUGCAUAUGAGGUGUAGUGCUCAUAUAAUCAACUUGAUAGUUAAGGAGGGUUUGAAGAGAUUAGAAAGCUCAAUUGUGGCAAUCCGUAAUGCGGUCAAGUUUGUGAGGUCCUCACCUUCUCGGUUGAGUUACUUCAAAAUGUGUGUUGAGACCGAAAAAAUAGAGUGCAAGGGGUUGGUGGUGAUGGAUGUGCCCACUAGGUGGAACUCCACUUAUUUGAUGCUUGAAGCGGCAUUGAAAUUUCGAAAAGCCUUUGAUAGAAUGGGGGAUGAUCCCGAUUCUUCCUACUUAAUGUACUUCAAGGAAGAUGAAGGAGAUGACGAGAGAAUUGAAGGCAUUGAAGGAAGUGGGAAAGGGAAGGGAAAGUCUAAGACUAAUAAGAGGGGUGGGUCCACCUAG